AUGGAUGACAUCGAGGAACGGCUGCGCAGCCAUGCGCAGGCAUUCGACGGUUUACUGUCCUUGAUCCCCGCCAAAUAUUAUUACGGCGACGACAAUACCAGUGAUCAAUGGAAACGGAAAAAACAGACUAAAGAGCAAGCCCGUGAGGCGAAACGUGCAAAGUUGGACCCCGAAUCUGCCAAGACUGCCAAAGACGUGAUGGAUGAGAAUGCUCGCAAGCGCAAGCGGGAGGAUGGUUCCCUCGAGUCCGAUGAAUCGGAUGAUGAAGAACUUGGCUCCGAGUUGCCCGGAGAGGGUCUCGCCCGGGGAGACAAGGCCAAGAAACAGAAGCAGACAGAAAAAUCCGACUCUGCGUCUACAGCAAAGUCAGAGGAAGCCGAGGCUCGGAAGAAGCUGAAGGAAGAGAAAAAGCUCCAGAAAAAGGCUGCGCAAAAAGAGAAGAAAAAGGCGAAGGAGAGUGUCAAGAAGGAAAAAGUGCAGCAGAGUCAGGAGCAACCCACCGAAACUUCAGAGAAGCCAACUCCGAAGAGCAACGGUGUUGCCGAUGAGCCUGCGGCAUCCGACAACGAGGAUGGCAGUGGCCCCGAGGACGGCGUCGCCGAGGAAGGAUUCUCAGUCGAAUUCCAUGAAGAGCCCGAAGAACCCUCUUCCGCCUCAUCCACCGGCAACUCCCCCGAUGUCUCGAAUCCUCAAUCAGGCAGCUCCUCCAUCUCCUCCAUCGUCCCCCCAUCUACCUCCACCGAUGCCAAAUCCUCCGAGCCGAAAACCCUGAAGGCCACACCAGAAGAACUGAAGCAGCGCUUACAAAAGCGUCUCGACGAACUUCGGGCAAAGAGAAAUGCCGAUGGCUUCAACGGCAAGCCUGCACGCAACCGUCAAGAGCUCAUCGAAGCCCGGAGACAAAAGGCUGAGCAACGGAAGGCACACAAGAAGGAACUGCGCCAAAAGGCCAAGGAUGAAGAGCAGCGUGAGAAGGAUGAGGCCAUGGCCCGCCGGUUCUCGCCGGGCGGUUCUGGAUCUCUUCUCGCAUCUCCUCGCUCCCCAGCCGAGUCCGUCGGGUCCUCCAGCAACAACUUCUCGUUCGGUAACGUCGUCUUCGCGGAUGGCCAGGUCACCGAUAUCUCGCUGUCAACCACCCGCGAUAAGCCAAAGGCCCAUGGUCCCAAGGAUAAGGAUGCCGCCGCCCAGCUCAAGGUCGCAGAAGCCAAGAAGGCCCGCCUCGCCGAAAUGGCCCCUGAAAAGCGCGCCGAGAUCGAAGAGAAGGAUGCUUGGUUGAACGCCAAGAAGCGUGCCCAUGGCGAACGAGUUCGUGACGACACAUCCUUGCUGAAGAAGGCCCUCAAGCGCAAGGAGACCGCGAAGAAGAAGUCCGAGCGCGAGUGGAAGGACCGCAUUGAAACCGUCUCUCGCACGACCGCCCAGCGUCAAACCAAGCGUGAAGAGAACCUGCGUAAGCGCCGUGAUGAGAAGGGCACCAAGGGCAAGGGCAGCAAGAAGCCUGCCAGUGGUGGCAAGAAGAAGUCCCGCCCUGGCUUCGAGGGCAGCUUCAAGGCCAAGGUUGGUGGUAAGAAGAAAUGA